AAGUGCUGAAUCAGGUUAGGUUAAGUCAGAAUGACGUACGAAGCGACACACACUGCAUUUAACGUGCGAUGUGUCAAAUUGACACUCGUUCGUUAACAUGCUCUUUCAUAUUAUUUGUUUAACGGUGUAGUGAUUCACGUAUUUCGGUCGACUAUGGAUUACACCUACGGCGACUCGACUUUGCACGAUACACCUUCUGCAGAAACGUGCAUUCCAUUCCCCCGGAACAACAGAACAAUCAUCACAGAUGUUUAUGCAGGAAUACCUGAUAACUUGUUAUUUAAUACAAUAGGCUUUCUGCUUUUACUUAUUUUAUUUGGCCUAUUACGUAAGAAGGCAUGGAACUACGGACGUUUAGCGUUACUGCACAAGUCCGACAACAGAUGGAUGGAAUUGUUCUAUGGUGUUAAUGAAAACAGAGAUACCGAUCCCUUGUGUAUAGAAGCUUCUGUCGAUUCUCAGUUUUCUCAAUUGGAUAAAGGAUUUCUAUCGUGGAUUGUCACUGCUUUUAAGAUUACUGACAAUGAAUUAUUGCAUCGUGCAGGCCCUGACGGGCUAUUGUAUAUUUUGUUCGAGCGUUGCUUAAUCAUCUUGACCGGUAUGAUGGUUAUUGUAUCACUGUGUAUAGCUUUACCAAUAAAUUUCCACGGAAAUAUGCAAGGGGAUAAUACAACAUUUAGUCAUACAACAUUAUCAAACUUGGAGCCUACUUCUUCUUGGAUUUGGGUACACACGAUAUUGAUCUUAUCUUAUCUGCCAGUUGGUGGGUUGAUUAUGAGACGCUGUUUAAAACAGGUACGAGAUACUAGGCCUACUGGCGAAUUAGCAGCAAGGACGUUAUUAAUUACAGACAUACCAAAACACCAGUGCACCAUUGAAAGUCUUACCGAAUAUUUUAAAGAAGCAUUUCCUACCUUAACAGUAGAAGAUAUUACUUUGGCUCAUGAUAUAAGACGUCUUUCAAAGUUAGAUGCGGAAAGGGAUUGUGCGGAACAAGCGCGCUUAUACUGCGAGAGUUAUGCUAAGAAGAGAGAACCUUUGAAAAUGUAUCCUUAUCCGUGCGGUCAAGUUCUUGGACAUUGUUGCAAAAAGCAAGUAGACGCUCAAGAAUUCUACACCAAUGAAGAAAUACGACUAACGGCAUUAGUUGAAGAGGAAAAGAAGGUGGCACUCAGUAAACCUCUUGGAGUAGCUUUUGUGACUUUAGGAACACCUGGUGCAGCCAAAACUAUGCGAAAACAACUGAGAUCUUUACCGUCUAUAAAAUGGAUCGUGGAUUACGCACCAACGCCGUCAGAUAUAUUUUGGGAAAAUUUGAGCAUUGCUAGACCGUGCUGGUAUCUGAAUGCCGUAUUAAUAAAUGUCGCACUGGGGCUUAUAUUAUUUUUCCUCACUACACCAGCUGUCAUAGUGACAGCCGUUAAUAGAUUACCAAUUACUGGAGAAAUUAAAAAUUUGAACCCAAUAGUUUCGUCCUUCUUGCCUACCGUGCUGUUAGUGAGUGUAGCCGCGUUAAUGCCCGUGUUAGUUGCAAGAAGCGAAUCGCUCGUUAGGCACUGGACCAGAAGCAGUUUAAAUCGUGCUGUAAUGAGGAAAACAUUGCUCCUUCUGUUACUAAUGGUGCUUAUAUUACCUAGUUUAGGAUUAACCAGUGCACAAGCGUUUUUAGAUUGGACGGUAAAUGCUCGAAAUAACACGGCAAGAUGGGAAUGCGUGUUUUUGCCAGAUCAGGGUGCGCUUUUUGUAAAUUACGUUAUAACAGCGGCCUUAUUCGGAAGCGGAUUGGAAUUGGUCAGGUUCCCGGAACUCGCGCUGUACACCUUCAGACUUUGCAUAGCUCGUAGUCGAGCAGAAAGGAUACAUGUUAGAAAAGCGGUAUUGUGGGAAUUUCCAUUGGGAGCUCAUUACGCAUGGUUGCUAUUAGUCUUCACUAUGACGACCGUGUACAGCCUAGCGUGUCCUCUGAUCACUCCUUUUGGUUUGCUAUACUUCGUAGUUAAACACUUGGUGGACAGGCAUAAUUUAUGCUUCGCUUACGGACCAAGCAUCGGCGGUGGCCAAUUGGCGGGAGCGGCGGUCGGUGCCGCAGGAGCCGCGCCUGUUUUAGCGCAAGCUGCUCUUUUAGCCAUAGGUCUGGUAAGAAGAGGUCUAUCUCCGUUAGCCGCGGUGCAACUCAGCGGCCUCGUUGCGAGUAUUCUGGGCCUAGUGACUGGUGCCGCGUUACCGUUCUCGAAAUCUAAGGCACAAGCGCCGAAGAGGGAUCUUUCAACGGGCCAGAAUUUCGUUGCGCCGGUAUUGCGAAAGAAUCAGUCGUCUAUGGAGGAAACCAUAUCGACCAUUUCAGACUCCAACUUACCAAGCCCGAGAAGCACCACUUCUACCUUACAAGAGAGCCCAAAGCUUUACCAAAACUACGGCAGUGAACAGAGAGUUUAAUAACUGUGUUUAUAAUACUCUGUCUGAUAUCUCGAAUAUAAGAAGCUCUGUAAACUUAUUUAACAAAUUUGUUCUAAAAAAUAUCAGGUAAUUACGUAACUUGCAGAAAUUAUCUAGCACAAAUAAUGUACAUUCUGAACAUUUCUUACACGAAAUUGUUAUAUGUUUCAUAAUGCAAAUUAGUGCAAUUAAUUUAGGACAAAAAUCGCAUAAUACUUUACUAUCGAUCCAAUUAUAACACACACAUACACACACACACAUAUAUAUAUGUUGUAUGUAUGUAUGUGCGUGUGUAUAUAUUCUUACUUGAUACUCAUAAAAAUCUUCACUUUCUCCACGCGCAAUAUGCUUGACAAUGUGAUAAGAAUAUGUAUAUUGUAUUUAACAUAUACUUCUUUAUACUUAUAAGAAUUGUUAAUUAUUAAGAAUCCUAUAAAGCCUUACUAACGAUAUGCUUCAGAAAAUUAUUUAAGGAAUCUCAUUUACAAACGAGAAAAGAGCAGAUAGAUUUAUUUUAUCGUUUCGAAUUUAUCGGUGAGAAAAGAUGAAACGUCUAUUAAGUACGUUUAUUACAUUACAAUAUUAUAACUUUGUAUCAUAAUACCGUUAACAUUGCUAUAUGUAAUAUUGCUAUGUAAUAAUAUUAAAAAAAAAAGGCUAAAGGCUCACCGUACAUAUUCUACAUGAAAAUAAUUCUUAAUUAAGUGUGAGUCACCUUCUGUUUCCACUUAAUAAAUAUUGAUGUUAAUAUUUUUUACAAAUAUUUGCAAAUUUUGUAUAAUAAUAUGUACAUAUCACACAUAUUAUUGCAUAUUUGUAAUAAUAUGUAUACGUAGAAACAGAAGAUGUGACAGAAACAAUGAUUUGGUAGAUCGAUCAUUUUUAAACCUAGGAUGCUUAAAUAAGUUUGGAGGUUCUGUAAUAUAUAUUUAUUUUCACGUUGUUAUAUUUAUAUUUUCGAUUAAACUCAUGUAUAAUCUUUAGAGUAUAAUCUUGAAACUACCAACCUGUAAUAUCCGCAUCUUAAAUGAGUCGGAAUUAUUUUAUUUUUAUUUCAAAAUUUGCAGGCUGUUUUGUCGGAAAUUUGUGCUUCCUAGGGUUAAAUUAGAUCGCGUUACGAUUAUCGGAGCGUAAAAAAGGUAAAUGUAAGCAGGAUGUUUUAUUUUGUUUCAUCGUAAGAUGAAGAAAAGCACCAUGUACUUUUAUGUAAUUUUUAUCCUGUUUAUACCUGGAAGUACUUUACAAUUACAUGUAUGUAUACAUAAUAAAACCUUCAACAUUAAUAUAUA